AUGGAGAACGGAUCAGUUGACAGCUCUGCGGGUCCAGAGCCCCAGGUCCAUCGCUGCCGUGUGGGCGCGGAUUGUCCAUACAUCCACGACGUCUCCACUGCCGAUCAAAAGGCGAGACAGCCUAACCAGCAGUCUAGCCCCCAGUCAUCGGCCGACGGUGCUCAAAAUCCAGGCCCUUAUCUAACGGCUGGUGUGCAGGAUUUGAGUAUCAGCAACCAAGCACGCUCCCAUGCAGUCGCUCUGCCUCAACGGCCUGUAUCCAAGACAGAGCAAAAAGACCCGAGGGAGUUCCAAAUCAAUCAGUUGAGGCGUCGCUUCCGUCCAGAUGAGAAGACAGAUGACAAGGGGGUAACUCUGUCAUUUGGAAUGGCUCCGUCUGAUCCCGACUUUCCGUUUGAAUUGGACAAGCUGCAAUGCGUCCUUCACGUGCCUGUGACGUAUCCCGGUACCGGACGGCCCUCGCUUUCUGUGACGAAUGCCGAAAUGGAACCGGCGUACCGGGCAAAUGUCGGCCGGGGGUUCGAUGAUAUUGUUGAUUUUACAUUGAGAACGAAUGGUCAAGGAACUCUGCUCAGUUGGAUGAACGGUCUGGACAAGCAGCUCGAACGCCUGUUGACUACACUUGAAAGAGGCCCAAGACUCAAAUUUGUCGCCAACCUGGGUAAUCCAACUGCUACGAAGGAGCACAAGCCUCAAUUGACAGACUCGGGUCAGCGUGGAUUGUCCCAGUCCACCGCGCAAGCAACCGAUUAUGUUGCUCCUGCUCCAGUUCCAGCUCCCGUGCCAAAGGCACCGGUUGCGACAAAAGUCCACACGGCUGCAGAAAAGAACCAAGCCGAGAAGCGAAGAUCAAUGGAGACGAAGCAGCUUGAAGCUCGUCUUGGAAGACUGCCAUUCUUCCAAAAGCGAACGGAGACAUCUUGGAUCGUUCCAAUUCAGCCUAAUAAAGUGGACCGUUUGCCUAGAUCGCUUCAAACCAUCAAGACUGUGAAGCUUCUGAUCCCUCAACUCUAUCCACUUGAGCUUAGUUCAAUUGAGAUUCAAGCAAACGACAGCCCCGAGGCAAGAUCCGUGGAAUCGGGAUUUGCUCAGUGGGUUGAAAAGAACUCUCAAACGACCCUCGUCUCUCAGGUCAACUACUUCGCCAGCAAUAUGCACAACUUCGCCAAGACGCCGUUGCCAGAAGUUGCCGAACUCUCUCAGCAUGAGCAUAUCCCAGCUGACGUGGACUCAUCUGCGCCGGAACUGGCAGACGGUAUCCCUCUCGAAGCAAACGGAGACAAGCCCCAUUUGCAUGUUAUCCCCCGUCCACCAGAGUGGUCUGUUCCCGAUCCAAACAGCGAUAGUGAUAUCACCGAUGAGUCCAGCUACGACGAGGAGUUCUCAGACGAGGGCGAGGGCGAGGGCGAGGAUGAGAGCGAAGGCGGUGCGCCUGUUCCCUCAGCCGCGGAUGAUACACCCGGCCGAGGCGUUGCCCUUUCAUUCCCGUUCUUGGAACUGUAUGGAAUUGAACUGCUCGAAUUGGUUCACCUUGCUAUCACAAUCAAGUGUGAGCGGUGCAAGCAGACGGUGGACAUCAAGAAUGUCCCCCAGAUUCAGGAUCCGAAGGCAUCGCCGAAGAUUGAAUCGUGCAGGAAGUGUGCCAAUACCAUGACCAUCGGUGGGUCACAAAACUUGCUUGCAUUCCUGGAAUCACCUAACUUAUUCUUCUUCUUUGCAGGCUUCCGCAGACAGAUGAUGCAUUCUCAUGCCAACCGAGCUGGAUAUCUGGACUUGGAAAGAUGUACUAUUGUGGACCUUAUUCCCAGUAAUUUCCUUCCAACUUGUUCCGAGUGCUCGACUGUCCAUCCCAUGCCUGGAGUAUCUGCGGUCCGCGGAGAAAGCGCCAUGGCGAUUUGCCGUCAUUGUCACCGCAAGAUGGUUUUCAAAAUCCCCGAAGUGAAGUUUUUGGUUGUGAGCAGCGCCGCAAUUUCUUCUCGUGCUCUUCCUUUGAAGAAGAAGCCCAAGGAGGUCCUCGGUAUCGUUGCGGGCCAAGAGCUUCCUCGUCGCGGCCGUUGCCAGCAUUAUGGAAAGAGUUACCGUUGGUUCAGAUUCAGCUGCUGUGCAAAGGUUUCUCCGUGUGACAAAUGCCACGAUGCCGAAACCGAUCAUCCCAACGAGCACGCAAAUCGCAUGAUCUGUGGUUUCUGCUCUCGCGAACAAAUCUACAGGCCAGAGAACUGCGGAAUCUGCAAAGCAGUACUCGUAGGAAAGGCUGGCAGUGGGUUCUGGGAAGGUGGAAAGGGAACUCGCAACCGAGCUCUCAUGAGCCGCAAAGAUCCUCGGAAGUACAAAAGAAGAGGAGGGAUUCCUCCUGGUGGGUCGAGCUCGAAAAAGAAGUAG